AUGUCAGAUGCAUCAGAUAGCUUAUCUUUAAGCUUGGUGAUCUACUCAGCGGUCAAACCCAUCUUUAAGAUCUACUUUAUCAUAGCAUUAGGAUUCAUGUUGGCGAAAAGAAAUAUUCUUACAGUGACAACAUGUCGAGAUAUUUCAGACACAAUUGUCACUGUAAUCAUGCCCUGUUUGAUCUUCAACAAUAUGGUGUCAUAUCUAAAAUCAUCAGAUAUUAAGAAUGUAGGUAUAAUCAUCUUCACCGCUAUAUUAUUAUUCCUUGUGGGUGGGUUAUUAGGAUACACUACACAUCUUGUUACCAGGUCACCGAAAAGAUGGCUUGGUGGAAUCAUCUCUGUAGGAAUCUUUCCCAACAUCUCGGACUUGCCAAUUGCAUAUAUGCAAACAUUUAGCAAAGGUGGAAAAAUCUUUACUACAACGGAAGGAAACACAGGUGUUGCGUACAUUUGUAUAUUUUUAAUGGGGAUGACCUUAUUCCAAUUUACGUUUGGGUUGUACCGGUUGAUAGAAUGGGAUUUUCGAGAUGAACUAUUGAAGGGAGAAGAUGUAGAAAAGACAAUUUCAUCAUCGUCUCUGGGCGAAAAAAUCAACGAAGGCAAUGAGGAACAUAAUCGCCGUAAUCAUAAUCAACAUAGCCAUGAUAAUAAUGAGCAUGAGCAAGAGCAGGAGCAAGAACAGGAGCAUAGCCAUAGCGAUAAUGAUAAGAAUAAGGACAUGCUUGAGACACAACCUACACGAUCUCGGGACCAGCCGAGACCCAUCGUGGAACGAGCUGGAGAAAGUUCAAGAUCAUUGGCAGUUCUUAGCACAACAGAUCUGGAGUCGAUAUCCAGUGAAGUCUCUGCCAAACAAGCAAAAAGAAACAAUCAACCUCAGAAUCGAACUGAAAUCGAAAAUGAAGAAGAGCAAAGACAACAUGAACAAUUCUUGAAAGCAAGAGCAAAGAGACAUAAUAAUUCUGAAAGUCACGAGUCAACACCAAUUAUUCGAACACCAAGCUUAUACUCUUCAUCGUCAAGGCGGCAUCGAGGCUCGAUCGGAUCACUUACUGAAAACCCAUAUGGUCUAGAGUUGAUUCACUCGAGAAAUUCAGACUUGAGAAGACAACCUUCGCAAAACGUUGAUGAUGUGAUUAACGAAUAUUCUGAAUUUGACCAGCUUCGAAACAUCGAGCUUGAAAAAUCCAAAUCAUUGCAUAACGAUGAAGAAUCUCAAAAUGAAGUAGCUCAUAUUGAGUCUAAGUUUAGACUGUAUGCAAGAAAAAUGUUACAUAACAUCCUCCAGCCCACGUCUGUAAGUCUUCUUGCAUCUAUUGCUAUAUGCAUGUCACCACCGCUCAAGGCAUUAUUUGUGCCAACUACUUUUUAUAUGCCUAACGCACCUGAUGGACAACCACCUUUAUCAUUUGUUAUUGAUUUGGCAAGUUACAUUGGUGCUGCUUCCGUUCCUUUGGGUUUGCUCCUUUUAGGUGCAACAUUAGCUAGAUUGCAAGUGAAAAAACUCGUCCCCGGGUUUUGGAAAACUGCAUUGAUGAUCACUGCAGCAAGAUUGAUUAUCAUUCCAAUCUUUGGAGUUGGCGUGACAACAGGGAUGUAUAAGGGAGGAUGGUACGGCUCCGAUAAACUAGUCAGAUUUGUUAGUGUGCUAGAGUUUGGCCUCCCAAAUGCUACAUCAUUGGUUUAUUUCACCGCUUUUUAUACUGACCCAACAAGCGACGAACAUCUACAAAUGGAUUGUCUUGCCGUAUGCUUGAUCUCUCAGUAUUUGAUACUUUGGUUUACCUUGCCAUUUCUAAUUACUUUUACUAUGAAAGUUUCUAUGGGUUUAUAG